AAGCCAAGAAUUGUUCAUUUUGAUAGUGACUUUAAGUUUUAAUUUUCUUAACUUCUUCCAGUUGCUAACUAUGUACUAAUAAAACACAAUUAUUAUCUAACACUUAUUACAUAGCUCUCUUGAUUCUGUUUGGGCAGUCAUGACCCCACUAAUGAUGAACGCUGUGUAACGACCGCGCAUCCGGGUAUUGAUCGCUUCUUUCAUGUCUCUCGUAUCUCGCAUCAUAUGCUCUCUUUCUCGAUUCAUUCAAACCAUCUUGCGCACCUCGGUAGAUAUCUCAAAAUAGAGCCAUUCAGAUACAAUUUGUACCCUGAUCAACCUGUCGGGGUUUACUUUGAAGUAACGUUAGGCCUACUAAAUUACUCAGAUUUCAGAAUUAGCGCUUUGACAUUUAAAGUUACAGUAUGUUGAGAGGUGGCGGCCGCCGAUGAUGCUCGCUAUUAAAGAAGAUAAUCCGCUUACUAUUUUAAUUAAGCAAGGAAUAUUUACAUGCUCAUAAAGUUUUCAUUGUAACGGAAAAGUUAGAUAUAAAACGCAGACUGGCUGAGGAAUAUUUACUCUUCCCCGGUUGCUAUGGCAACUCUGCCUUGGUGCUAUAUAAAUGAGACGCUGACAGCAGCUAUGGAACGUUCAAUUAUGACGUCACGGUGGAGGCUAUAUAAGACCUGAGCUUUCGAACAUUAUUUCAUAAUCGUUUGCUAGGACUAAACGCAUUCAAGGCAAGAGUUAACUGCGAGAAAUAUCAGUGAACAGUGAGUGAAUUUCUGUCUGAACGAGUACGACAAUUCGGUUGAAUCAUAAUUCUCAUAAAAGACCAGAAAUUCAGUUUGACACAACCAAACAGCUCACGAGAGAUCUGUAAACACUCGCAGAACUUUGCGAACAAGAAUUGUACAAAGUCUUAGUACUUUGUUGAAUCUGAAUAGUUCUCAUAAACGAUCAGAUAUGUCUUUUCACAAGAACACAUCAUCAUCAUCAUCAUCAUCCGAUAUGGAGGAAAGCACCUGUAGCGUAGACAGUCCCUCCCCGGAAUCAUUUGAUGAGGACGAUUUCACCUCUAAAUUAAAAUGGUUUAUGAAGCGUGAACUGCUGCUCAACAAAAUCUCGGACCUUGAGCGCAGAGCCCGAGAGCGCCAGGAGGAGUGCCAAUCACUGCUGGAGCGAUUCAGAAAUAUACAGAAAUCGCUAGAAUGGGAAAUAGAGAAAGUGCAAAACUCUAUGGUCAGCAUGGAGCAGCUGAAGAACUUGCAGAAGACUUUCGACGAGUUCCAGGCUGAAAUGAAGCACAACGUGAGCCGCUUACAGGACAACUUUGAGAAAAUGCGAGGUGUUGCUGCUAAACAUCGUGCAAACAUGAAUGCACAAGAUAAACCAAGGAAAGAGGAUCUGGAUCCCAAAGUGGUUCAAAGCAUCCAGUCUCUGAAGUGCUGUCCCACAGUACCAAAAAUGAAGGCGAAUUCAGAUGCUGUCUCAGAGUAUUCAUCAAACCUGAUCGGUGUGUUGAAUAACAUCGCCAAAUCAAACACCUGCAGUCCAGCCAUGAGCAGGGCAUUAACAAUAACAACAGCGACCAUUGAAAACCUCAACAAGGCUUUUCAAGAUCACUGCAAAGAGGUAAAGGCUCUCAAGGCUAGUCCAAAGCAACAGAGAAAGGUGGCUGAAGAAGUGGACAGAGACAUCUACGGUUCAUCUUGGCAGGAAAAUGGCUCUAUAGCACAGCAGCAGAUGCCAAAAUUGCUUGCCAAUCCUGAGAGGCCAAAGACUGAUCCUGUGAGCAAGCCGAUUACUCUCCCUCAGGUCAGGAAGCCUGUGCAGGGGGCAAAAAAUAAAGUGUUGCAGCUGGAAAGACCAGUAACAGCAUUACAAAAGACUCCAAACGACCUCAAGAGUCCAUCUGCUGAUGACAUGUUUCCUCCGGCCUCUGUCAGAUCUUUUGCUCUUUCCAACAUUACACAAUCUGUAGAGAACACAAAAGUUAGCAUGGAGUCAAAGGAAGAAACAAGAGAGGUCACAUCAUUUAACAAGAUGGCUCAAGAAGAACUGCAGAGCCCUGCUCCUCUUGGCAUCUAUCAUCCUUCCCCUCUCAAAUCUUUUGAUCUCCCUCAGAUCUCGCAGUCUGUAGAGGAGACAAAAGUUUAUGAAGGGUCAAUGUUGAGAACAGGGACCCCAUUUGAAGGGAUGGCUCAGAAAGACCUCCAGAGUCCAUCUACUCUUAAGAUCCAUCGUCCUUCCCCUGUCGAAUCUUUUGAUCUCCCUCAGAUCUCGCAGUCUGUAGAGGAGACAAAAGUUUAUGAAGGGUCAAUGUUGAGAACAGGGACCCCAUUUGAAGGGAUGGCUCAGAAAGACCUCCAGAGUCCAUCUACUCUUAAGAUCCAUCGUCCUUCCCCUGUCAAAUCUUUUGAUCUCCCUCAGAUCUCACAUGCCGUAGAGGAGACUAAAGUUGAUGUGGUGCCAGUGGAAGAUCUCCAGAGUCCGUCUCCUGUCCACACCCAUCCUUCCUCAAUCAUGAAACGGCCUCAAAUUCAGACUGAAGUAAAGCCAUCACUUCAGAAACCUGACAAGCCAGAGACAAACAAAUAUGUUUCAGCAGUCUCAGGUAACAAUGAAGAGGAUGAUGACAAACUUCUUCCUGAAAGGAUGAAAGGUCAAACAUUUGUAAUUGACAUCGAAGCUCAAGAAAGCAACCUCAAACAUCUGGAUCAAGCUUUUCAAAACAACAACAUCUCCUCUGAAAUGUACAACCUGUGCAGAGGAAACAUCAGUCAAACGCUUCAAAGUGUUGAUCUGCGACUUGGAUGUCUUUUACGGAGAUACAUCAGACACGUCCAAUUGAAGCAAUUAAGGAAGAGGCUCGAUGAAAAUUUCAAGCUUACCAGAAAUUUAAAGGAUGGACUGGCAUUCAAAAAAGUUCAUUCUCAGCUCUGUAAAUUCGACCAUUUCCAACAGAGUGUGAGAAAAGUCUGGGACGCCAAGCAAGCUUCCACGGACGAGACACGCAAAUGGUGCAUCGCACGGAUGGCCCAUUUAUACCAGCAGAUGAAUUCGAUCCAUGGCCUACCUCUGACAGGCAUAUCAUGUGUCCAGAGGCACGUACCAGUGCCUCUGCUGACUGUGACACCUGUGAGGUUCAGCACACAUCUAUGCCCGUCUCCUCCUCAGCACCCACAAACUGCUCCCAGCAGAGCCAGUCCGGCUCGUCUUCCUCGAAACAACCUGAGACUUCUUUACAGCACGAAUGCAACCAGGAAUAUAUCAGGCAGUUUCUUGAAGAUCAGUUGCAUCCGCCAAUGUGAACUCGCUUCUGGAACAUCUCAUGUGUAAAAGAACCCAAGAGCAGUGUGGGAAGGAGGAUGAGGCUGAGGGCCGUGAGAAAGAGGCCGGUGGCAUGAUUGCUAAUGAGCAUCACCUGCGCGCUGCACCGGUCUCGUAUCUCACGGAGGAGCUCGGAAGCAUAAAGGGGGAAUGCUGACAGUGAAGGACGAGAGAGGACCAGUUCCCGCCUCCUUCUUCCCUAAUCCACUAACCUUGCUACAUUGGUGCCGAAACCCAGGAGGAAGGAGGGACACACUGUCGGAGAGUCCUCGCUGCUGAGAGGGAAUGUGGUGCUGAGGAGGUUGGGCAGCAUUGCCAGCCCCAUGGAGGUGGAGGAGUGUUGGGCCGUCCUCCAUCGCAUGGCACCGCGAGUGAGAGCCUCUCGGCUGGUUGAGGGCUGAGAGCCAGUGUGUCUGGGAACUGGACCAAGAAUGUUUUCCUCUCUCCCCUCUGUACCUCUUUAUUUUUCCGUCUCCUUUUCUCUCACCUUGUCUGUCCUUACCCCCAGGUGCUACUACUCACAUGCUAUCAGCAACUUUUAACCUGUGUGAAAUAAAUGUGAAAUAAAUCUAAUAAA